CCACCCCUGCCACGUCACUAGCCACAGAACGCAUCCAAUCGAGUUUUCUCGCGAAACAUUGCGACUCACCUCAACUCUCCUACCGACACCAACUCCCCCGCAGCCCACACACACGAUGACCACCGCCGAGUCAACCGCCGCCCCACCGGGAAUUGUCUCCACCUUCCUCACCGUCCCCUCCACCAUUGUUGCCUCCUCCGCACCGACAAUAAUCCACCUCAAGCGCGACAACAACCAAGCACUCGCGCUCUCCCCCACCUCGACCCUGCAAACCCGCUUCGGCACCUUCCCGCACACGUCCUUCCUCUCGCUGUCACCCGGCUCCCAAGUCCGCGCCUCAGCCACGCACCCCAAUCCCCGCGACCAACGCAAACGCAAACGCGCUUCGCCCGAGGAGAUCUCCGACGCCGCUGCGGCCGCUCCCAGCGCCUCAGGCUUCGUACACGUCCUCGCGCCCACCGCCGAGCUCUGGACCGCUAGUCUCCCGCACAGAACGCAAGUCGUCUACACCCCCGACUCGUCGUACAUCCUCCACCGCCUCAACGUCGGCCCCGGCAGCCGCGUGAUCGAGGCCGGCGCCGGCUCCGGCUCCUUCACCCAUGCCGCUGUCCGCGCGGUGUGGAGCUUCGAGUUCCACGAGGAGCGUGCGGGGAAGCUGCGCGAGGAGAUAGCGAACCACAACCUCGACGGGCUCGUGCAGAUUACACAUAAGGACGUCUGCGCGGAGGGGUUCCUGGUUCCCUCAUCGCAGCUGCAACCAGCCUUGGAGAGAAGCAGCAGCAGCAGCAGCAGCGAGGCCGUGAUCUCACCCCUGGGCACAGCGGUAUUCCUGGACCUCCCCGCGCCCUGGCUCGCAAUCCCGCACCUAUCGCGCACCGCCGCCUCCCCGCUCGACCCCGCCGAGGAAGUCCGCAUCUGCACGUUCUCCCCCUGCAUCGAGCAAGUGACACGCACGUGCGCCGCUCUCCGCACGCACGGCUGGGUGGACGUGCAGACCGUGGAGCUAUCGCACCAGCGGCUGGAAGUGCGGCGGCAGCUUCCGCGCGGCUACGACGACGGCGCGGGCCCGCGCUCCAUCUCUGAAGCCCUGACGCGGCUCCGCGGCGUCAACAACUUCCGCGAGCAGCGCAAGGACCUGCAGGUCUCGCAUGCGGCCGGAGAGAAGCCGAGCUUUGAGGCCCUCGGGUUCAAGAAGGCGUCCGGGCGCAAGAAUUGGGGCACCGGCGAGGAGGGCCGCGUCGUCUCCCGCUGCGAACCGGAGAUCAAGACGCAUACUAGCUUCUUGACGUUCGCGACGCUGCCCAGGGAGUGGACGGACGAGAUGGAGGCGCAGGCGGCCGCGUGGGUCGCCGCGAAUGAGACCAGGGGCGUCAUCAGGGGCGUCGUCGGCGAGAAGGAGAAGAAGUGGCAGGGAGAGAGGGCGGAGAGUAAUAGGUCCAAGAAGAGGAAGGAGAGGGAGGCGAGGAAGAUGGCGGGCGGCGAGGGCGACAGCGUUAAUGGCGAUAGCGAGGCGGCGACGGCGGCGGCUAAGAAUGAGGAUAUGGAAAUCGAUGGAUAGGCGAGCGCUAUCAGAAGGAAGAGCUACACUUGUACUAUAGAUUGCGUGGCUACGAUUGCAGAUUAGACCAUAGAGGAUAUCCUUAUCAGUUCUGACACACAGGCACUGAAAGAAUGUUUU